CAUUUGAGCUACUUUGAUUGCUUAUACGUUUGUUGCCCUCUUUCUCUUUCUCUCUCUCAGCUGAUCUGCCUGCUUCGUUGGCAAUAGAUGUUUGUUCCUGUGGCUGAGGAGCAUGUUCCCUAGGGAUUAUUUCUUCUCCCAUAAAGAUGGGACAUCUGAUGGUUUAUUCCAGCACACUCUACAUCACCACCUCUCCCAGCAACAGAGGAUUGAAUCACAUCUGAAUGUAACAAACUUCUUUGGUCCACCCUUGAAUGUACCUCCUUUCAUUCCAAGCUAUCAGUGGAAUCCAGUGGAAUCACCUGAUCUUGCCUUCACAAGUCCAGAUCGAGGGACUGUAAGCAACAGAAAGAGGAGAUGUAAUCAGAGUGAGAGUGACUUCAAGAGACAGCGCUUCAGUUCUCCAGGUCCUGCUAUAAAUGCCAACUUUACCUCCCAAGCAGACGCUAGACCAGAAGCGACCAGAUCAGCGUGCAAGUCUUAUUCAAGACGCCCCACAUGCUCACCUUCUGCCUCUAAACCAGCAGGUUGUGUGCCAUCUUUCAGAGAGGGAUUACAUCAGAGCUCUCAGAGCACCUGGCCACAAUCAUCAGUUAAUGAUAAGCUCAGUCAGCAGAUUCUCGACCUGUUUCAUGCUUGUGAGCAACAGAAUGAUGAUCUGGAAAAGAAGGAACAUUGCCGAUCACUGCUGCAGAGUGACAUCCAGACAAUCUUCCCACGUGCUCGGGUCUUCUUGGCUGGGUCAUCACUCAAUGGCUUCGGUAGUCGCAGCAGUGAUGCUGAUCUUUGUCUUGUCAUUGAAGAGGAAACAGUACCGAUAAACCGCAGUGCAGAUGCUGUGUACGUCCUCAGUCUUGUUCGGAAAUUGUUUUACACACUGUCUUACAUCGAGAGGCCUCAGCUCAUCAGAGCAAAAGUGCCGAUUCUGAAGUUCAGGGACAGAGUUAGUGGCGUGGAGUUUGAUUUGAACUUCAACAACACUGUUGGUAUCAGAAACACCUUCUUACUGCGGACAUAUGCCUUCAUUGAAAACCGUGUUCGCCCUAUCAUUCUUGUAAUAAAGAAAUGGGCCAGUCACCACCGCAUCAAUGAUGCCAGUCGUGGAACACUGAGCAGCUACACACUGGUUCUUAUGGUCCUGCAUUACCUUCAGACUCUUCCUGAACCUGUCAUUCCAUGCCUUCAAAUGGAUUAUCCAGGGUGCUUUGACCCCAAGAUGGACAUUCAUCUUGUGCCAAGUGGGCCAAGGAAUAUCCCUGCCUUUGUGUCUAAAAACCAGUCAUCACUAGGAGACUUGCUCUUGGGUUUCCUGAAGUACUAUGCCACAGUUUUCAAAUGGGAGAAGAAUGUGAUCUCUGUGCGUGAAGCAAAAACUCUCCCCAAGACCAAAAGCAGAGAAUGGAGAGAGAAGUUCAUCUGUGUAGAAGAACCAUUUGACCGUACUAACACAGCCAGAGCAGUUCAUGAGAAAGUAAAGUUUGAAGCCAUUAAAGCAGAAUUCACAGAGUCUUAUCAGGUUCUGCAGCUGAGAAAAGAUCUCAACUUCAUCCUACCCCUCAAAAACACAAGACCAGAAAGAUAGCAAGACUUCAGGCUGCCUUCUGAUGAUAAAGAAUAUGUAUACAGAAUGGAUUUAAUCUUAAAUGCAGUCUUCAGUUUCCUUUUGUGCAUUUUGAGAAGAAAUGCUUUACUCCUUGCUUUUUGGUAUGCUAGACCUUUUGAAAUUAGUUGAUGAAAAUUCUCUCAUCAUUUACUCGCCCUCAUGCCAUUCCAGAUGUGUAUAACUUUCUUUUUUCUGCAGAACACAAAGAUUUUUAGAAGAAUAUUUCAGCUCUGUAGGUCCAUACAAUGCAAGUGAAUGGUGGCCAGAACUUUGAAGUUCCAAAAAUCACAUAAAGGCAGCAUAAAAGUAAUCCAUAAGACUACAGUGGUUAAAUCCAUCUUCAGAAGCAAUAUAAUAGGUGUGGGUGAGAAACAGAUCAAUAUUUCAAUCCUUUUUUUUUUUUUUUUAAAGUCCUUUUUCUUUAAAUCUGCACUAUCACAUUCCGAAAGUGGAGAUUUAUUGUAAAUAAAUAAAUAAAUUUAAAAAAGGAUUGAAAUAUUGAUCUAUUUCUCACCCAAAGUUAUUGCAUUGCUUCAGAAGACACAUUAAAUUUACAUAUGGAAUACUUAUAUGCUGCCUUUAUGCACUUUUUGGAGCUUCAAAGUUCUGGCCACCAUUCACUAGCAUUGUAUGGACCAACAGAGCUGAAAUAUUCUUCUAAAAAUCUUUGUGAUCUGCAGAAGAAAGUCAUACAUGAUGGCAUGAGGGUGAGUGUGUGUGUAUGUGUGUGUAUAUAUAUAUGUAUAUAUAUAUCUAUAUCUAUAUAUAUAUAUAUAUAUAUAUAUAUAUAUAUAU